AUGGUCCAAUCGCGCGUGACACCGACUCCUCAAAUGGAGUUGCCCAGCAUACCUGCAAACGAAGUCCAGUUGCAUCGCAAAACGUCUGAUGCGUGGAUGAUUGUGCACAACAAGGUUUACGAUGUCACCGACUACAUGGAGGAUCACCCAGGAGGUGUUGAAAUUCUACUGGGGGAAGCCGGAAAAGAUGCUACACAAGUGUUCGAAGAUGUUGGCCAUUCAGACGAAGCUAGAGAGCUCCUACAAAGCUUGUUGAUUGGCGAGAUCCCGGCAUCUGUGGGUUUCUCCAUUCAUUCAUCCACAUUAUGGCAAAAGGUACUGAUUUGUCUGUUCAAGGAACGCGUGGCCGAAGUGGAGAUCUAUCGACCGACUUUCGAGGUGAUCAAUCAGACUACAGCCAUUAAGACAAAGUCUCAACCAAGCAAUGGUUUGGCAAGUUUUUGGUGGGCUGUCGCUAAAGUCUGUCUGAUCGGUGCCUCUGGCGAAGUCGCACGCUUGAUUUAUCAUUAUCGCAAGCAAUGGCCAGGAUUCAUACAAGCUUCGCUGGGAGGCCUGCGCGUAUCCGGAACCCGGAUUUGGAUUUCAAUUGGCAUGGUGUCCACGGCUCAGUUUCUUUUGACCUUCGGACUACUUUCCUGGGGUGUCUCGAAGCUUGAUUUCAAGCAGGAUAUGCUUUCAUUUCCAGCGUACAGACGUCGACACCCAAACACAUUCUUUAAACCUUCCGCCGCCCCCACUUCAUUUACAUGCCAGCUUCAUCCUCAGACUUGGACGAACCUCACACUCCGUGAAAAAGCUAGAAUCUCGAUGAACGUUUAUCGAUUUGUAUUCAACCUGCCGAAUACAAAACAGCCUCUCGGCUUACCAUCCGGACAACACGUUGCAGUCCGUGCAAAAAUUGGAAAUAAAGAUGUCGUUCGAUCGUAUACCCCAAUCUCAGACGAUCGAGAAAUUGGCCACGUUGACCUUUUGAUCAAAGUUUAUCCUACGGGUACCAUGACCAAGUAUCUGGAGAGCCUUGAAGAGGGAGACUGUGUUGAAUUCCGAGGCCCAAAAGGCGCCAUGCGGUAUACCAGCGAUUAUUCAGAAAAAAUUGUAAUGAUCGCUGGUGGGACUGGAAUCACCCCUAUGUAUCAAAUCAUCCGUGCCAUCUGCCUAAAUCCGUCCGAUGCAACUCAGGUCAAUCUUCUUUAUGCCAACAACUCCGAAACCGACAUGCUUCUUCGAGAGCAAAUUGAUUCACUUGCGUCUCGGUUUCCUCAGAAUUUCAAGGCUCACUACAUUCUAGUGAACCCGCCUUCUGGGUGGCAGGGUAGUGUCGGUUUCAUCACGGAAGAUCUGGUCAAGAAGAGUGUGGUAGCGUCACCUCAAAGCUCUCGCGUAAUGCUGUGUGGCCCACCUCCCAUGCUCGCUGCGGUGAAGAAAAUGCUAUCUGCCCUUGACUUCCACGACCCCAAGCCUGUGUCUCAGAUGCAAGAUGAAGUCUUUGUAUUUUAG